UCUGCGCUCCCCCUUAGGUCACGUGGGGACGGGAAUCUGGAAGGCGUAGUGCUCCUUUAUUAGCUCCAUGCGCCAUGUUUUUAGGCUGGAUCUGUCUUAGGCUUACCCUCUAAGGAAAUGGCCUGGGAGCCUCAGGAAACCCAGACGCCGUUUGGGAGCCCGGGCUGAGGAGACAGGGCAGCGGGGUAAAUCUGAGCGUUCUGCGCGAGGUAGAGAGGUCAUGGCGUCCGGCAGUAACUGGCUGUCCGGGGUGAAUGUCGUGCUGGUGAUGGCCUACGGGAGCCUGGUGUUUGUACUGCUAUUUAUUUUUGUGAAGAGGCAAAUCAUGCGCUUUGCAAUGAAAUCUAGAAGGGGACCUCAUGUCCCUGUGGGACACAAUGCCCCCAAGGACUUGAAAGAGGAGAUUGAUAUUCGACUAUCCAGGGUUCAGGAUAUCAAGUAUGAACCCCAACUCCUUGGAAAUGAUGAUGCUAGGCUGCUGCAACUGGAGACCCAGGGAAAUCAGAAUUGCUACAACUAUCUGUACAGGAUGAAAGCUCUGGAUGCCAUUCGUGCCUCAGAGAUCCCUUUUCAUGCUGAUGGCCGGCAUCCUCGUUCCUUAAUGUGCAAGAAUUUCCGCUCCUACUUGCUAGAUCUACGAAACACUAGUACUCCCUUCAAGGGUGUGCGCAAAGCCCUCAUUGAUACCCUGCUAGAUGGCUAUGAAACAGCCCGUUAUGGGACAGGGGUCUUUGGUCAGAAUGAAUACCUGCGCUAUCAGGAAGCCCUGAAUGAGCUGGCCACUGUGGUCAAAGCACGAAUUGGGAGCUCUCAGCGACAACACCAAUCAGCAGCCAAAGACCUAACUCAAUCCCCUGAAGUCUCGCCAACAACCAUCCAGGUGACAUACCUCCCCUCCAGUCAGAAGAGUAAACGUGCCAAACACUUCCUCGAAUUGAAGAGCUUUAAAGAUAACUAUAACACCUUGGAAAGUACUUUGUGAUGGAACUGAAGGACUCUCACUACAGACUGAAACAGACAGCUGCAGUGUGCCAGACAGGCUACUUGCUGGAAGCCCUCAGGACAUCUGGCUCAGCAGACCCAACCUAUAUCAGCUGAGGCUCCCAUUGUGUCCAGAGUUCUUAGACCUUUUGGCUAGACAGUCAUUCCCAAUUCCAUACAGGCAUUUUUGUAUCACUGGCUAAGACUUCAUAGCAUUUUUUUUCUGGAUUUGAAUUCAGAUGUUACUCUCCAUGUUUCUGUCUAAGCCUCCUUAAGAAUCCUCACUAGGGGGGCAGCUCCUGUAGCUCAGAGGAGUACGGCGCUGGCCCCAUAUGCUGGAGGUGGUAGGUUCAAACCCAACCCCUGCCAAAACUGCUAAAAAAUAAAUAAAUAAAUUCUCACUAGGUUUUAGCCAUAGUUCACAUACCAAUAGGUGAAAGUUGGAGUAGGGUGCUUUCUCUGUCUACCCCUUCAUCCAUGGUUAAAUGGAAACUGGGAGUUAGGGUAUCUCAGGUUUGAUUGGUAAAAAAGGCAGAAGAAACUGGCAGGGAAAUGUGGUGAGGAAGGGGGUGGUAUAUGGGAACAACUUAACCCUGGUGUUCCUCUUAAACCAAGAUGUGUUGAAACAUUAACACAGCUUCCCUAACAUGCAAGGGUCUGUCAUUCCACUUUCAUUCCCAUACUGUGUUAUACAUAAAAGGGAAUGUUCAGGCACCUGGUGCCAGGCUUUGAGACAGUGGGAAGGAAUUGUUUCCCCAAACCAAUGCAAUGGUCUGACUUAAAAAUUAUUUAAUAAAAUGAACUAUUAAAAAAUAAA